AUGCGCAGCGGCGUCUGCGGUAUGGUAUACUUGCAGUACAGUAAUGGGCGCGAGCGCGGGUCGGUGCUUAACUCAAUGCGCCUGACGGGUUUCGGGGCUGAUGGAGAAGAGGGAGAGGGUGAGAAGAAGGGAUGUGUUCGGUCAAAUCUGGGAGAGAAGGUCAGGGAGAAGAGUGCCGCUCAAGAAGUUGGGUAG